AUGGCUCCUAAUAACUGCGUUGUGGGUGCCCAAGAUUCCGAGGUACUCGGAAUCACCUCCCCUAAAACAAAUGGUUUCCAAUCCAGCCAUUUUUUGGCAGUCGAAUUUGAUACAGCAUAUGACCAUGAUGUUGGCGAUAUAUACGGCAACCAUGUUGGAGUUAACCUGAACGGCAUUAAGUCAUUUGAAUCUCAGCCGGUAGCCUAUUGGUUUGACGAUGAUCAUUUUAACAAUUUCAGUCUGAAAAGUGGAGAGAACAAGCAAGCCUGGAUUGAUUAUGAUCAUGUUGAAGACCGGCUUAAUGUGAGUGUUGCGAUGUACAGGAUGGAGAAGCCUGUCCAGCCUUUGAUAUCCGUUACGAAAUUGAAUCUCUCUUCAGUUUUGAAGGAAGAUGGGUAUGUGGGGUUUUCUGCAUCGACAGGGUCUCAAGCAAUUGAAGAUCAUCAUAUUCUAGGCUGGAGCUUCAGUACAGAAGUUAAAGUGAAAGAUAUAAUAGAUAGGGAUUUGAUUGAAGAAUGGGAGCUCGAGUUUUGGCCUCACAGAAUUCCAUACGAAGAGAUAAAAGUUGCCACACACAACUUCAGUGAUGACCAGCUAGUGGGCUGCGGGGGUUUUUGGACGGGUUUACAAGGGUCUUCUCUCCAAAAGAGGAGUUGA